UACGAUGAUCGAGCACCUUGACCUGACACAUUGUUCCUGCACGUAAAUACUGAUGUCUCACAGUUUAUUUAUUUCAUCUGGAAGAUCCUUUUUAUAUUCAUUAUCCUGGCAGCCCUGGCUAUUUUCAACCAACCUUGAACAACUUCAGCCAAUCCGAUAUCCGUCUACUACAUCUUCUUCCUGGGCUUACCUGUCAUCUGAUACGAUCACGCUUGCUCUACCUUACAUGAGUCGGUAGUCAGCAUCUGCGGAGCUCAGGCCCAACAAAGACGUCGAUGACUUGGGGUUUCUGUCCCUGUCUCAACCUCACUCCCUAUGCUGAGGCUUUUUUCGUACCAAUGAUCCUCGGAUGGGAAACGCGGGUUGGCUUUAUCUCAUGUGGAUUGAAUUUGGCCCUGCUCCUAUAGCUUGAUAUAACUCAUGCCUUGACCUUUGCGAUAUCCGCUGUUGAAAUUGCGUGCUUCUAAAGGGAAAGAUUGCUUCGACAAGUUGUCGCUCCUAUGUCUCCAUCCGAACCUAAACGAGUCGCUAUUGUAGGAGGUGGCUUAACUGGAAUCGCUUCCUUCUGGGCCUUGCGAAAUUCUUCGCAUGAUGUCCAUUUGUUUGAAGCGUCUUCAGUCCUUGGCGGACAUAUGAAGACGUUACCGUUUGAAAGCAAUGGUAAUCAAGUCGAGGUAGAUUUGGAGUUGCCGUCGUUCAAUCCUAAAGCUUGCCCCAAUCUUGUUUCUUUAUUGAACUACCUGGGAAUCGCCACAACUGCUGUACCAUUCUCCUUUGGAGCUUCGGACGGUACUCAGUCCUUCAAAUGGUAUAGCAGUAUCUUGAAGAGCGUCCUUCUCUGCCCACAAAUGCUCUGGAACAAGCAAGCGUGCCGGCUCUUGUUAGACGCGAUCUGCUUUAGACAUCUGGCUGUGACUGUGCUUACUGACGAGUCUCGGGGGUCUGAACCCCCCAAAGUUGAAGACUUGACGGAAACCUAUCUUUCAGACGAAGGUUAUUCAAACAGUUUUCGUGACAAGUAUCUAGCUCCAUUGCUCUCCAUGCUAUGGAGGACAAAUGCAGGAAGGUUUCUUGCUCGAUUUCCUGUGAAAGCUCUGGCCCGCUGUUUGAGUGACCAUGACCUUCUUUGUACAGACGGGAUGAAGCCAAAAUGGUGGCGAAUUGACCUGGGAGUAGGACAUUUUAUCAAGACGAUGGUGAAAGAUUUGCCCCAUGAAAAAAUAUAUCUACAGACCAGAGUGAAUGAGAUAACACGGCAUUCUAAAUCAAACUACGGCCUCGUUACGUGCGACGGCCAAGAGUCGCUGUUUGAUCAUGUUAUUCUCACGGUAGAUGGGAACGAAAUCAUCCGAAUUCUGGGCUCGACGGCAACCACGGGGGAGAAGGAGAUAAUACAGUGCCUAGGGGUUACGAGGAAUAUCGUUAUUUUACAUUCGGACCAUUCGGUAGGCGAUCACUGUCUCUCCUUCAGAACUAGCUGGCUCAACAUGGAACCCGGUGGCAUACUUGACUGUAACUAUAUUAUAGCAUCGCAAGAACAACCACGUCGUGACUUUUUCUCUCCCAAGUCCUGCGCGAGGUACAAUCUGAAUACCCUUCAGAACAUACCUACCUCUCUUUUCGGCCAGGUGCUCAUCACCUUCAACCCACUCGCACCACCUCAUCCUAGCCUUGUACAAGGGGUAUGGGAAUUCACAGAACCCGAGCCCACGGCAGAAUCCCUUUACGCACAGGCCCUGCUGCCCUCGAUCCAAAACAAAAGGGGACUGAGCUAUAGCUUCUGGUGGACGGGCCGUGGAAUUCUCGAGGACGCUAUUACCUCCGGGUUCAGAAUAGCCAUUGAGGACCUAGGAGCCGAAGUGCCGUUUGCCGUGGACUUCCAUCCCCAGCCGCUAGAUUCGACAGAGUUCUUUGCGAGACAGGUAGGACUUCAAGAGAACCUUACUCGAACGGUUCUCCAGGCUUUCCGUGUCUUAGUUAUUGUGUUGGAGAUCACUCUGCUUUUGUUGACCCGCCUGUAUACGCCGGGCUUAAAGAUUAGGGCUCGUCGUACCGUUUUCCGAGCGCUCAAGUCAUCAGCCAUAUCAUGA